AUGCCACAGGCGGACAGUUCGAUAGGCGGGGCGUUGGCGCCUUACCAGCGCUCGAGCCGGCGCCGCGCACUCUGCCAGAUCCUCACCUCGGUGCUGCCCUACGCCAUGUGCUGGUACCUGAUGUUCCAUAGCCUGCAGUACGGCUACUGGCUGACGUGCCUGCUGGCCGUGCCGGCCGCCGGCUUUUACCUGCGGUCUUUCAUGAUCCUGCACGAUUGCACGCACGGGUCGUUCUUUUCCUCGCGCAGGGCGAAUAACGUGCUGGGGUUCGUGCUCGGCGUGCUGACGCUGGCGCCCUUCGCCUUCUGGCGCAAGACGCACCUCAUCCACCAUGCCACCUCCGGCGACCUCAAUCGCAGGGGGUGGGGCGAUGUCAAGACCCUGACCGUCAGGGAAUAUACCGCGCUCCCCAAGGCACGACAGCGCCUGUACCGCCUUUAUCGGCACCCGCUGUUCAUGUUUGGCAUUGGCGUUUUCCUGCUUUUUCUGGUGUUUCACCGCUUUCCGUGGAGGAUCCCGUCGGAUUGGAAGCGCGAGUGGCGCAGUGUCCAUCUGACGAAUGCCAUGCUGGCGCUGGUCGCCGUUGUGAUGGCGCUCACCAUCGGUUUCACGUCCUUUCUGAUGAUCCUGGUCCCCAUCAUGCUGAUUGCGUCGUGUUGCGGAGGCUUGUUGUUUUACGUGCAGCAUCAAUUUGAGGACACCUAUUGGCGCCCGCACGACGAGUGGAAUUUCCACCAAGCGGUCCUGCUGGGAAGUAGCUAUCUCGAGUUGCCCCGUCUUCUGCAGUGGUUCAGCGCCAAUAUCGGCUUUCACCAUAUCCACCAUCUGAGCGCGCGCAUUCCCAAUUACAACCUCGAGGCCUGCUUUCGAGGCAUCCCUCAGGUGCAACAUCCGCCGCGCAUCAGACUCGGGCAGAGUUGGCGCUUGGCGUCGCUGAAGUUAUGGGAUGAAGAGCAACAACGACUGGUGGGUUUCAAAACGGGACGGCAAAACGGGGCCAGGCAGCCUGCCAAGCCUCUCCAGCAUGCCUGA